AUGACCAACAAGACGCUCAUCUUCAAGAAGAUUCCGACCGGGUAUCCGGCGCCCGGCGAGCAUCUCGUCGUGGAGGACCGCCCGAUCGAUCUCAACGCCGAGCCUCCCAAGGGUGGCUUGCUCGUCGAGGUUUUGUACGCCUCGUACGAUCCCUAUCUACGGGGCCGGAUGCGAGACGCUAAGACCGAGUCCUACACGCCCGCCUUCGAGCUCAACGGGCCCGUCACCAACUCAGUCGUUGCCAAGGUGCGAAAAUCGGCCACUUCCGACUUCAGCGAGGGCGACCUCAUUGUGGGCUACCUGCCCAUCGCCGAGUAUGCCACGGUUGCGGACCCGUCGGCUGUGGGUGCGCGAAAGAUUGAGAACCCGCACAACCUAGAUCUGGGCAUGUUUCUCGGCCCGCUUGGUAUGCCCGGACUUACGGCCUACUCCGGACUACACAAGAUCGGAAAGCCCAAGAAGGGGGAGACUAUUUUCAUCAGCUCCGCCGCCGGUGCUGUAGGCCAAGUCGUCGGCCAGGUCGCCAAAGCCGAGGGUCUCAAGGUCAUCGGUUCCGUCGGCUCCGACGCCAAGUUGGACUUCAUCACCAAGAAACUCGGCUUCGACGGAGGCUUCAACUACAAGACCGAGAGCCCACUCGAUGCUCUGCCGCGUCUCUGCCCCAACGGAAUUGACAUCUACUUCGAGAACGUCGGAGGCGAGCAUCUUGAAGCGGCCUUGGCCAACAUGAACAAGGAGGGCCGCAUCCCCGUCUGCGGCAUGAUUUCCGGGUACAACCAAAAGCCCGAGGAGAGAUAUGGAGUCAAGGGGCUGUUCCAGCUGGUCGCGAAGCUCAUAACAAUGCAAGGCUUCCUCGUCGGCCAGCCGGAAUUUGGUGGUGCCUAUGCGAAGGAACACCAGGAGAAAGUACAAGGGUGGUUGGCCGACGGAAGCUUCAAAGCCAAGCUUCAUGUCACCGAGGGUAUCGACAAGGCCGCCGAGGGCCUCGCUGGUAUCUUCAAGGGCGAGAACUUUGGAAAGGCGGUGCUCAAGAUCAAAUAG